CAGAGAACCCGUUCCAUAGCUCUGAAAGAUUUCCCAUUUUUGUUGGAACACUCGAGACCUUCAGGUGCCUUAACGCUGACUGACGGCGAGAAUGUAGUCACGUGUUUGACAUGUUUUGAAUCACUGACACUUCAAUGGAAAGAUUAUGAGCGCAUGAAAGUGCCGAUUGAGAUGAGGAAAUACAACUGGAUUACUGUCGCGCCGCCAAACAGGGAUAUCAGUGAAAUGCCGGUGCCUUUAGUUCAUAACUUAAGCGAAACUAUUUCGCCCACUUCUACUGUAACAGCCCCUCCACCUCCUGGGGCUGUAGUGCCUCUCAUUGCGAUGUCCAGCAAUUCAGAAGAUUAUCAAAACUUGUUGUCCAGCUCUGCUCUGUCCACAGCUAAGAGCUCUACAUUUGCGGCCGCACUCAGAAAGUUAGCCAAACAAUCAUUUGAUACAACGAUUGGAACAGAUUCUGGACAUCAGUCGGCAUUAUUAGGCCUAACUGUCGCCCACUCAUCCAAUGUAUCCAAGAAUUCCAAUACACCUUCAUUUCUAAGUCCAUAUCAAAACCCAGCCAUACGUCCGUCACCGCCAAUAGUGACGAUCGCACCGAUUCCGGCCCAUCAGAGCGAUAGGAGUGAAGGGUUGAGGAAAAGAGAUGAGAAUCACUCAUAUUUUGAGCACAGAAUGCAUACCGAUCCCAAAGAAUCGCCCCAUCUUUAUACACACUCUCAACGAACCUCACCUAUAGUUCGGCCAUCCCCGUCACACAUUCACAACGAAAGCCUUAGUUCUGGUGGCAAUCAUUCGACACAAAACCAUGUUAUGAACCGAUCAUCGAGUUAUCAGCCCUUCAGAAGUGGAUUUGAAGAGAGUUUGCGAACCAACUCUUCCGCUGCUCUCACAUCAGCACCACUGCCAUCACAUCUAUUGCCUUACGAGGCCCUCACUUUCCCUUAUCACCAGUUCCUGCCUCAAACUAAUCCUAACCCUAUCCCUCAUCACGCGCCACAUCCCAGUGCUUCUUAUCGUUUGGGUGAUAAUUACUAUUUGGAUCGCUUUGGUCUACUUCGUGGCCAAUUGCCCGGUCCGUCAGCACCGAUGCCAUUGACCGGAAGUGGCACUACAUCUUCAGUGCCUUUCAAUUUAGUCCGUCCUUCAGAAGUGGAUUUGAAGAGAGUUUGCGAACCAACUCUUCCGCUGCUCUCACAUCAGCACCACUGCCAUCACAUCUAUUGCCUUACGAGGCCCUCACUUUCCCUUAUCACCAGUUCCUGCCUCACUCUAAUCCUAACCCUAUCCCCCAUCACGCGCCACAUCCCAGUGCUUCUUAUCGUUUGGGUGAUAAUUACUAUUUGGAUCGCUUUGGUCUACUUCGUGGCCAAUUGCCCGGUCCGUCAGCACCGAUGCCAUUGA